AUGGAAUUUCUUGAAAGAACUUACCUUGUGAAUGACAAAGCGACCAAGAUGUAUGCCUUCACUCUCGACAGCAUGGAACUUGGACAGACACCUGUGAAUAAAGAUCAGUGUCCUGGGGACAGGCCAGAAGAGCUGGAGGCAGGAGUCAUCUAUCACUGCCACAGCAACUCCAAGGCCACAGAGAACAGGGAGAGCGAGCAAGUGCAUGCCAAGUGGAAACUCUGUGCUGCUUCAGCAAUAUGCUUCAUUUUCAUGGUGGGAGAGGCGGUGGGUGGACAUGUUGCUGGGAGUCUUGCUAUCAUCACUGAUGCUGCUCAUCUCUUAAUUGACCUGACCAGUUUCCUGCUCAGUCUCUUUUCCUUGUGGUUAUCAUCAAGGCCCCCCUCCAAGAGGCUCACAUUUGGGUGGCACCGAGCAGAGGUACUUGGUGCCCUGCUCUCUGUCCUUUGCAUCUGGGUGGUAACUGGUGUGCUGGUGUACCUGGCCUGUGAACGUCUGCUGUAUCCUGAUUACCAGAUCCAAGCUACUGUCAUGAUCAUUGUUUCGGGCUGUGCAGUGGCAGCCAACGUUGUACUAAUGGUGGUUUUGCACCAGCAGCGCCUUGGCCACAAUCACAAGGAAGUGCAACCUAAUGCCAGUGUUAGAGCUGCUUUCGUGCAUGCCCUUGGCGAUGUAUUUCAGAGCAUCAGUGUGCUAAUUAGUGCUCUCAUCAUCUACUUUAAGCCAGACUACAAAAUUGCUGAUCCAAUUUGCACGUUUAUUUUUUCCAUCCUGGUUUUGGCUAGCACCAUCACCAUCUUAAAAGACCUCUCCAUCUUACUCAUGGAAGGUGUACCAGAGGGCCUGAGUUAUAACAGCGUGAAAGAGCUUAUCCUUGCGGUUGAUGGUGUGCUGUCUGUGCACAGUCUGCACAUCUGGUCUUUAACAAUGAACCAAGUGAUUCUCUCUGCUCAUGUUGCUACAGCGCCCAGCUGGGACAGCCAGGCAGUGCGGACACAGAUUGCUCGAGCCCUCAGCAGUCACUGUGCCAUGCACUCUCUCACCAUUCAGAUAGAAUCUCCAGCAGACCAGGACCCCAACUGCCUUUUCUGUGAAGACCCACAGGACUAG